AUUUGAGCGAGUGCCAGCUCUGCCAAGUUCCAGACGCAGUGUUCCACCUGAUGCGCAACACUCCCCUGACCACGUGUAACCUGUCAGGCAACCUGCUCUCGAAGAUUCCUCCCAAGUUCGCCCUCAAAUUCUGCCUCAUAACAGAACUCAACCUGUCGAACAACAAGAUGUCGAAGCUCCCGGAGGAACUGGCCGACUGCGUCGAAUUACAGAGACUGGACCUCAGUCACAAUUCCUACGUCAAUCUCCCAAACGUCAUCUUCCGAUUGCCGAAGAUCAAGGCCAUUUACGCCAACAACAACUACAUCAUGGACAUCGAAGUCGAGGAGGUGCAGAGAGCAAAGACCCUGGAGGAAUUCGACAUCAGAGAAAACCCCCUGACGUGGAAGAGCUACGACGGCCUCAGUAAAGUGACCAAACUGACGGUCUCGUUGUCACCCAAGGAGGUCGAGGAAUGGGAGGACCUCACCAUCUGAGAUGUGUCCAUCUCGUUCCUCGAUCUUUCACCAUUUUUUUUUUUUUAAGAAACAACAAACCUCCAGUUCCUUUCGCACUGUUACGAGGAAGAUUGAUUUGUUUGGAGCCUCCUGAAGAAAGAGGAUAUUGCAAAGAUUGCUUCGUCUUGGGAGGGAAGAUUUCUUAGUUACUUUUUUUGGCAGAAGAUCUGGGUUUGUUUACAUCCGUAGGCUGCGAUAUGACAUCACAGCGGCGAUUUGUCCUCAAGUUUACGUUCCAGAGAAGGAAAAUGAUGAACAGCAGUUGUCUUGCUGUUACGCAGAUGUAUUUGUUGAACGAUUCACACUUCUACGAUCAUCUGUUACUUAUUAAGCGUAACAGAUACUCAAAGAGUUACUACUUAUAAAAAGUGUCCUGAUCUUGCUAGAAUCUAGUCUGAUGCAAGCAUUUGUAGUCGAGGUUUAUAUAUAAGCUUUUUUUUUUAGUCAGUGUCGAGCGUAUUGCUGUUGAUACCGGCCAUAACAACCUUAUGGCUUUUUAAGUUCUUGCCAAGCAUAUUGUCAUCUUCGAAGAGUCGCGUUCAAGAGGUUACGAAAAAGCUUCCAUAAUUAACACUUAAGGCGAAUGAACGAAGCAGAAAUGGCUGAACAUUUGAACAUUAUUGAACAGAUCAGGAUUUAUUCAUUUUUUUUUUGGAAAAGGAGGACAGUAGAAAGGAACUGAUUAAAGAGAUAAAUAACAAUUAUUUUUGUUGUUCUUGUCGUGUAACUGAUAGGAGAACCUAACCGACCAUCCAUUCAAAUAUUGCCGUGUAUAAGACUUGUACAAAUUAGGCAUAAUAUAGUUCAAUGCUAAGGUCUCUCUUACUCAUUCUUGGAACAUUUGAAAGAGUCCAGUCUUAUGCAUCAAAUUUCUUCUCUGUGUUUGAAUGCGUGGGAGGGGGAGGGGAUUCUCUAGCUAUUUUUAUAUAAGAAGAAGAACGCUGUGUGCAUGUCUGUGGGAAUGAAUGAUAUUUAGCCACGGCUGAAGAAAAACACAAAUAGGAAAAACCUUCAAACCUUCGGCUGGUGGGUCAAAAUGUCUUUCACGUAAUGAAUCUUACAUUUUAAAUGAUGUAUCUAGUCAGGAUUUUUUUUUUCUCUCUCUAGGAUGUAAAUAUAUAUAUCUCGUGUAUCAUAAACUUCUAGCGCAUACAACACCUGGUGACGGUUUUUUUUUAAAAAUUACAAUUGCAUGAAAUUAGCUAGGCCUAUGUUUUCAUCAUUUUGAUUCGUAAUUUUUUUCUUUGUACCAAGUGAGAACUGUUUCUAAUUCUUGAAUCUCUGAGAAUCUGAAUCUGAUUAAUUUUUUUUCAAUAUUCCUUUUUUUUUUGGCUUUAUAUCACAGUGGCUUCUUUUGCAGUUUAGCCAGAGGAUAAUGCGAAUGUUUUUUUUUCUUUUUUUAUGUAUCUAAAAAAACUUGUAGCUUUACGAUGCUGUUUUGCAUUCCGUAAGAAUUGUAGAUAUGAUUUCUUGUGAUUUUAAUUUUUGUACUUUGGUAUAUUACUAGAUUAAGGUAUAAGAUUACUGUGUAUAUUACACAUGCGUACACACACAUCACACACACGUAUAUAUAUAUAUAUAUAUAUAUAUAUAUAAUAUAUAUAUAUAUAUAUAAACAAACACAUACACACACACAAACUUUAGCUUCGAAUGAGAUAGAACAAACCCAGUAGCCCAGAGUUGGGCGAGAGAGCGGAAGAGUGCAAUGGUAGAGAGAGAAAAAGAAGGGUAGACCUACCUGCUAUUGUCUGUGGGCACCUGAAAGUCGAAUAUUAAUCCCAGAUAUAGAAAACAAAGAUGCUGUUCGUAGUUUUGUAAAGGUUCAAAGAAUUUGUCUGAAUGUAUAUAUUAUAUAUAGAUAUAAAAUUGUUUAAAUUCUCUAGCAAUAAAUGAUAUUAUUCCAACAUCCCAUGUGAUGCAUACAAGAUAUCUUUAGUAAUGAAAUUGUGUUUAUUUGUCUCUAUUUGUUUUCCACAGUGUAAACAAAUGACUGUUUGUAUAUAUAUGAAAAAUAUGUAACUUAAUAAAUCUCAUUAUACUGAAUCACAAAGCAGCAAAAACUCUUUUUGCAAACAAGAAAUGUUUACGAGCAGACAGGGAAGUUUUUGUACUUAAUUGCAAUUGUUUUUGCAAAUACAGUUUGUAAACAAAAACUUGUUUUACAUGAACAAAUUAACUAUCUGAAAUCUGUAAAAACAUUUUUUUAUAAGAAAUGUUGAUUUUGUCCCAAAGUUUAUGCAUAAAUAUUUCUACGUUGUUAUGAUGUUGAACAAAUACAUAAUUUAUGUAAGGAAUCUGGAAUAUUCAGUAUAUAUGUCUUUCUUGUCAUUACUUACAAAUGGGUAUCUAAGAUCAUUUGUUAUUGUGUUAAGAGAAAAGAGAUUCUGUGGAAUAUGUUCAUAAGUGUUAAUUUACAUUCUGGUGUUCAUCACAGAUUAUGGCCAGUAGACUCGACUAUUUUUUCUAUUGUUCUCUCAAAAAGAGGCUUUGUGGAACAUGUACAUAAGGGUUAAAAUAACUUUGUUAAGUGUCAAGUUUAGUGGGAGUGUCGCCUCUGUCCAUAUGUUUUUUUAUAAUCUGACGUUUCUUGUAUGGCAAAAACUUUCUCGUAACCACUUCAUUUUUUGUUGAAUUAUUAGUGCUGAAAUGCUGUUUGAUGUCAGGUGAAACUUUGACAUCAAUUUACACGGUGCUUUAUGGCAGGAAGACUUCGAAAGAAGUCCUGAAAUGCCUUCAUUGAAGUCCUCAAUUAUGUCUUCUGAUGUCAGGUUAAAGUCUCCUUUUAAAGUCCACAAUUGUAACUUCUGGUUUCAGAAUGUCUCUCAGAUUCCACAAUGAUAUCACCUGAUGUCAGUAAGUCUUAUUCUUAAACAGUAAGACUUCAAUUACGUCUCUUGAAGUCACAGAAAACUUCUUUGUAAUCCAGAGAAUUAAAAUAUGAUUUCUUGUUGUUUUCAAAUCAGUAUGGACAGACUAGCUACUCUACACUCAUAAAGGGUUGAAUUUAAAAAAAAAAUGUUUAUAUAACAAAACGAGCACACUAACCAUUUACUGACUGAUAAUCAUGUUGAUUUUUAUACUCUAUAAUAAAGAUUACGUACUUUAUUGCA